CGAUCUUUCUUCCUGGACAAAGUUCGAACUCGAGCGGCAUCUUCUCACCACUGUUCAGUAAUAUGGAGGACCUGAGAGUCUUUUCUGUGAGAUGUUCUCAGUAUUGGAGCUGCGGUACCCGAAGAGGCUUUCAUGAAGGGCGUGUCUGAGACUCAGUGGAGCGCUGCUGGAGAUCAGGUGCUCAUUCUGAUCUGUGGAAGGAGAAGGAGAAGGAGAAGGAGAAGAUGGAUGCAGCAUGCAGCGCGAAGCAGCAGAAAAAUUCCGCAUAAAGCGGCGUUAAUUCUGGCUCGAGGAGGGAGUAAAGGAAUUCCUCUGAAGAACGUGAAGGUCCUGGCUGGAGUUCCUCUCAUCGGCUGGGUGAUAAGAGCAUCGCUCGACUGUGAGCUCCUAGACAGCGUGUGGGUGUCUACAGACCAUGAUGAGAUUGAGAGAAUCGCCAAACUCUGGGGUGCACAAGUGAUUCGCCGGAGUCCUGAAGUAUCUAAAGAUUCCUCCAGUUCACUGGACACCAUCCGCGAGUUUCUCAGGCUGAGACCAGAGGUGGACGUUGUUUGUCACAUCCAGGCCACGUCUCCGUGUCUCCACCCGUAUCACAUUAAAGAGGCGUUGGAGAUGAUCACGGAGAAGGGAUGCGAUUCGGUGUUCGCUGUGGUGCGCAGGCAUCAGUUCCGCUGGUCCGAGGUGAAGAAAGAAGCUGACCAAAACCCAGUUCCCCUGAACCUGGACACCUCCAAGAGGCCACGGCGCCAGGACUGGCCAGGAGAGAUCUGUGAGAACGGUUCCUUCUACUUCACCAGGAGAGAACAGCUGGAGAAGGGCUUUCAACAGGCCGGCAAAAUCGCCUACUACGAGAUGCUUCCGGAGCACAGUGUUGAUAUCGAUGUGGACAUUGACUGGCCCGUAGCAGCAGAAAGAGUCCUAAGGUUUGGAUAUUUUGGCCAGGAUAAACCGAGCGUGUUCAAGUUGCUGUUCUGCUCUGUCUCUGGCUGUCUAACGGAUGGACAGAUCUACAUGUCUAUCUCUGAGGAGGAGAUGGUGUCCACCAAUGCACAGGACCUCAGUGCCAUCCGUCUUCUACAAAACGAGAACAUGGAGGUGAUUCUGAUCUCCUCCUGCGAUGACCCGGUGUCUGAGCGUCUGUCUGAGAAGCUCGCUCAGCGUGCUGGAUGUGUUCUCCGUUACAGAGUCAAAAACAAACGGAGUGAAGUGAAGAGUCUGAUGAAGAAGCGGCAGCUGCAGUGGAAAGAUGUGGCCUACUUCGGUACUGACCUGCAUGAUGUGGAGUGUUUAUCUAAGGCUGGCUUUAGUGGGGUUCCUUCAGGAGCUCCUGCCACCUCGGUCAUUGCUGCUAAAUACACCUGUAAGAACGCAGCAGGUCAUGGAGCUCUGCACGAGUUCGCUAAUUACCUUCUGCAGCUGAACAGGAAAGCCACCUCUGCCCCAAAGCAGGACAACAUUGAUAGAAGCAAUUUUUAGAGCAAAAUAAAGUGUGUUUGUUUCCGUGCUGCUUCUUCUGGUUUGAUUUGACUGGUGGUUUGGUGUAACAUGAGCACUGAUGAUGAUUUAGUUUGGUUAUUAUACUGGUAAAGCAGGAUCUACUCAACAACUGUUCAGACCAGUACACCUGUGUUCUCCUGUUCCGUCUUAUAAAAUUACUGAUUUAAUCAAAAGUGUGAUUCACUAAUUUAAGUCCAUGUAGUGAUUUCCUGGUGUACAGUGUGUCCAAGCACCAAGUGUCUGAUCCAAUCAGAACAGAAUCAGACUGGACUUUAUCCUGCAUUUUGUGUGCAGAUUCAUUUCCUGUGUAUUGAAAUCAGCUUCUACAGUGUGACUCUGAUCUGUUCUGUUCUUUGUGUAUUUCUUUAUUUGUGUUUAUUAACUUAAUAAAGAUGGAGUUCAACCUUUA